ACGUCGGCAAAGAUGACUGACGCGUUUCCAAGGCUUGCCCGGAACAGAUGACAAGCGUUUAAAUUAAACCAGUGUGUACAUAGGUAGAAGUGCCUUUUUUGUAUAUAUUGUGGAUGUUGUGGGUUAGAAAGAAAUUUUAUUAGUUGAGUUUUACUGUUGGUUCCAGUCAGACACGCGUUUUCUCAAUGAAAUGCCGUCGAGCAUCGAAGUCGUACAAAUUUGUGUCGGCCGGUGACGUUUCGUAGGGCUGUGUAAGAAGUUUAGUUGAAAAGAAUGUGUUAGUUAACGCUAGCAUUGAACUUUUCAUUAUUGUUGAUAUGUGGCAACAUUCGCCGUCGGAGGAGGUGAAUGUUUGGUUGGCUGUGACGCUUCGUCGCAAGAAACCAAGGUUCAAGUGAAAUAUUCAGUGAAAAACUCAGUGCUAACAUUUGCCUGAAAACCCAAUAAAAUGGGAACUUCGUCAAGCAGACACGGUGAUAUAACGACAAACGAAUAUUUGCAGCGUUUUGUUGGAUCGGAGAAUAUAUCGCCAAAUGAUCCGUUCUGGAACAGAUUCCUGUCUUUCUCAUACACUCCACCAGUUUCAAGCUUCAAAAACCAAGUACUAGAUGAGAGAAUACAACCAUUAUGUAAGCAACUAGUUAUAAACAAUCCACGCUCUGGCAAUGUAGGUUCCUUGCUCCACGUAUUCCUGAGCCGAUCAAGUGAGCUCCUGGCAUCUACACAGACUGAAAACAGUAUGUUUAGCUGGCAGACAUACAAUGCAUUGUUUAUUCUACGCUGUGUCACAAAAUAUUUAAUUGAAUCUAUUAAAGAAGAUGAUGUAAUUCGUCAGUUCGAAGCUCGACCACAGGAACAAGAUGGGUUGAAACAAGUGGACGAGCAUGUGAGUCGCAUGGAAAUUUUUCUCGAUUCCUUGCUUGAGAUUGUUGUGGACGUACCUGUAAAAGAUUUUACAUAUCCUCUACAUCUUGAAGCAAUCAACUGCCUUUUAAUUCUUUUGUCAGUUCAAAUGUUUUCCCAGAAACCAGCAGCCAGAUCAUUUAUCUAUAGGAGCCUGAUGCAAGGUCGAUACUCAAUCCAUGCACCACUGCUGGUCAAGAAACUUCUUCAGCACUUCAUAAAUCAAGAAAAAGCACCUCCUGGUCUGUACAACUUAUCUGGUGGAGGUAGCCUGGUCGUCACUCUAGCAUCUGAAUUGUGGAAUAUGAUUACCUGGGGUUUGUCACGGGCAUCAUCCAGCAGUGAAAAUGCUGAGACAGCAGUAGCUAAACAAGCUGAUGUUGGAGCACCUUUAGCAAAUCAGUCUGUGCUGCUCAUUCUUGUGUUAGCCAAUCACUGCACUAGUGAUAAAAAUCUUCAUAAUCCCUACCGCCAAGCCUUAUUUUCAUUCAGCAACUCGGAAGGCAAUGUAGAAAUCACACCUACAAGAGCAGCUUCAACUUUCAAGAUUGAUAUGUCCCAGUUGUAUAAAACACUGAGUACAGCUGUCAGUAGUGAUCAAACAACACUACUUCUUUAUCUAUUAGUGCAUAGGAAUCCUCAUGUACGGACGUACAUAUUAGCAUGUUCUGACAUUGAACAAUUGGUUAUCCCCAUUCUGAAGACUUUAUACCAUGCCCCCAACAGCAAUUCUCAUCACAUAUACAUGUCAUUAAUUAUUUUGCUCAUUCUGAGUGAAGAUGAUCUUUUCAACAAGGCAGUUCAUGAGAUGGUUUUGAAAGGUGUGUCUUGGUAUACAGAGCGUUCUAUCUCUGAGAUUUCACUUGGCGGUCUUCUGGUCCUCGUUAUUAUAAGGACGAUACAGUACAAUAUGUUGAAGAUGAGGGAUAAAUAUCUUCACACAAAUUGUUUAGCAGCAUUGGCAAAUAUGUCAAGCCAAUUUCGAAAUCUGCAUCCGUAUGUAACACAGCGCCUGGUCAGUCUUUUUGAAACCCUAGCAAAGAAGCACAUUCGUCUAGAGGAACAGCUUCAUAGGAACACAUCUGAUGUUGCAGUCAAUGUAGAUGAUGAUGCUGCUGCAGUUGAUUUGGCUCAAGAUGUAUCAGUUCUUGAAGAAGUUCUGAGAAUGAUUUUAGAGGUAUUAAACUCGUGCCUGAGUCAUCAGUUAGCCUACAAUACCAACCUCAUCUACACACUUUUGUACAAAAGGCAUGUAUUUGAACCAUACCAGUCACAUCAGGCCUUCCAAGAUGUUGUUCAGAACAUAGACACUGUUAUCACGUACUUCUCACAUAAACUGAAUCAAGUUCAAAAGCAUCUGAGUGUGACAGAAGUUCAGGAAACCAUUCAACAGGGAGCACUUGAGUGGAAUAAAGAAAAACUGCGGAAAUUUCCUGACCUGAAGUUUAAGUAUGUGGAAGAAGAUCAACCAGAAGACUUUUUCAUUCCCUAUGUGUGGUCACUUGUUUGCCAGACUUCAGGUCUGCACUGGAAUCCUGCCAACAACAAGCUUUUUGUUCCAGACAUGUUGAAUGUACUCACUUAACUUCAUCAUUUGGUUCGGGGAUAAUUGUGCAUAGUUCUCCUUUUUGUGGAGGUUGUACAAUUUAUUUUUUUGAAAAUGUCCACAUAUCUGUGCAACCCAGAUGUAAAUGUAUGCUGCCAACUCGUUUUUAGCUGGUAUGCUUUGUAUCAUUAUUCUUAAAUGAAAUUUGUUAAUUUCAUACUGUUGAAAUUAUGCACCUAUUUAUUAAAAUAUUGGUAUUAUA